AUGCCCCUAGAUCCGCAAUUCAGCUCGAAAAUCCCCACACGCUCGCCCUCAACAAAGUCUCUCAAACUGUUAGACCCUCCACAUGCAGAUAACUCCAGACUACCUGUCGCCAAAAGGUACUACAGCGAUUCCAAACACACACAUAGAAAACCAUUCGCCAACCCUCCGUCAGCCCUCCCGACCUCAAAAUCGAUGCACCAUCUCAGCUUGCACACUGCAUCUACUCCAUCCUAUUUGAAUCCUACCAUGUCCUCGUUGAACCGUUCGAGACACGAAAAAGAGAACGUUCCGCUGCAAAGAAGACAGAGCCUGAAGCAGCCUCCAGCUCGAGGAAUAGUGUCAUCGUCAAGUGUCGCUGAUCUCCAAGUCCUGAAUAAACCAGAUAGAAAACCAGGGAUAAAUCGUCCUACAGUGCCUCCGGCCCAUCGAAUUCCAUCCAUUCCUUCUAACCGGCAACGACGCAAACCUGUCUCCUCCGAAGAGGAGCUGUAUAAGCUCAUGGAGAGCAGCUCAAAAAUCGCCCACCAAUUCCGCCAAUUUUUGCAUUAUGCCUCCCAAGGUCGCCAUGAGAGACCACCACAUAGUCCUCAAAAUUUGGCGACUGCCGAUCCUAGCAUGUACCAGCAACUGACUGUGUAUGAACGAGGUGAAAUACUGAGAAAGAGAGAAAUAUACUUCACGGGAGACAGAAGCGUCAAGGCCCGAGUUGACAGUCAAAAUUAUAGCUACAAUUUUGGUUUUGACGACAAGAACAAGGACUACAGAUGCGCCGUUGGUGACCAUAUAAAUUACCGGUACGAAAUUAUGGCCAAACUUGGCAAGGGAUCCUUUGGGUCUGUCAUAUGUGCCAAGGACCACAAGACACAGCAGCUUGUGGCCAUCAAGAUCGUGAAAAACGAAAUGGACUGGUCUGUACAGGCUAUGAGUGAGAUCAAGUGCCUGAAGAGCCUCAGCGGAUGCUCUCCAUACGUAGUCCAAUAUUUUGAGCAUUUUCAUUUUAGAUCACAUAUUUGCAUCGUCACAGAACUGCUUCUUAUCAACCUCUAUGAGCUCAUUGAAAUUUCAAAGUUCAGAGGUUUGGGCAUGGGGUUGUUGAGAAAGUUCGGAAGCAACACCUUACACGGGCUGCGAUUCAUCCAUGAGCAAAAACUAAUUCAUUGUGACAUGAAGCCAGAGAACUUGAUGCUAGCUUACAAUAAUCAACUAGGAUUUCACGUCAAAGUGAUAGACUUCGGGUCAUCUUGCGAGCAUGGCCGUCCCGUAUUCUCCUACUUGCAGUCAAGAUUCUACAGAGCACCCGAAGUGUGUAUCGGAGCCAGAUAUAACCACAAGAUCGACAUAUGGUCUUUUGGAGCAAUCAUGGCUGAACUCUAUACGGGGACCCCGAUAUUCUGUGCCAAAGACGAGUAUGAGCUUCUCGACUUCUUUAUCUCCUACUUUGGUCCUCCUCCUAGGAGUUACAUUCUUGAACUGCGCACACAAUUGCUAAAGGAAGGGCCCAUAGUCAAUCUAAACAGACCGUCUACAAACUCUCUCAACUUCCGCACACUGUUAUGGAAAGCAUUCAACGAUGACGGAUCAUUGAACUCCUCAUAUCUGCAUUCGAAGAAAAGUGGUUGCAAGUUUAAGCCAUCUUCUUUCAGCCUAUCUCGGCAUCUUGCUCGCUAUCACACAGAGCCUGGAGCUGGUUUUGAGCACUUUGUUGACAUGCUCGCUGGCAAUUCUCCUCCUUCGACCUCAAGUUCCGGGAAGGGGCUAUCUAUUCCACGGAAGAUAGCUCUCAAUGCCAUUAAUGAGAUACAAAAUCGUUCCAAUGACUAUUUGCAUAGCAAAAGAGGUGGAAAGGGCCUUGAAGAAGGGCGCAAAAGAGCAGCUCUGGCAGCUGUGAUCUCGACCGUUUCCUCAGUUGGUGCUGAUCGGUUAACAAAAGCAGAUUUCGAUGAGCUCAGAGAUUUAUCAGAACAGGAAUCUCACGACAAGGUGCAUUUCAUGGACAAACUGACCAACAAGCUGUUAGAUGCAAUCCCUCGACGGUCCGAUGAAUCGAUGGAUGAUUUGAGAAAGCGAUUGGAGGACCGGCAUAGGAUAGAACAGCCAGGGCUCUCUAUAAAGAGGAUCAGCAGAAAUUUCAAGACGUUGAGCUCGAAAAUGGAUCUCGUGUUCAGUCUUCAAUACUCUAUAAUUCACGUCAUAUCCUGGGAUAAGCCCUCGUUGACACUGACAUUUCUGAUUCUCUAUACCUGGGGAUGUCUAAUGCCCUACCUGUUUCUUGUUUACCCGGUUUUUUACGUUCUGACGGGGGUUCUCAUUCCAAACUAUCUCUAUCGUCAUCCUUUAGCGAAGCCAGAUAUCAUUCCCACGCGUGCGCGUGGUGACAGCUCAAUAUUUGGGUUUUUGCGAACCGAAAAUGCCUGGGAAUUGGACAGGCAACGCAUUUUGCUCGAGAGAAGUAGGACACUCGAACGUAUACUGAGCCAGGAGCUGGAGUUGUCCACAAUAAGCUCCAGAACAUCAACAGACUCAGAGGACGAGGGAAGCUCCAGUCUAUUUUACGAGGUAUUCACAGCAGACUCGAAAACCAAUUUGGUGUUCAAGGCUGUUCUGGAGGAAGACGAGGACACCACUGAGAAGGGGCCCACGGGCGUGGUGGAUAAAGUGAAACUACUGAUCAACAUGAGAGAUUUACAGAAUCUUACCUCCGACAUAAUCAAGAUGAUGACUCGCAUGCAAGAUAGCAUCUACGAAAAUUACAGUUUCAAGGACGAGAAACGAAGUACCAAGCAUUUCUUCAAUCUGAUUGCACUAAUUCUCAUAACGGUAGUCCUUGGGCCCUACGUUCCAUGGCGAGCGAUUUUUAUUAUCACUGUGUGGGUUCUGGUUCUGUUGAAACAUCCCAACCGCCAACAUAUCCUCAAACAGCUCAAGCCAGCGACUAAACACAAGCUCCCACCGAAACACAAAACUGAAGUGAAAAACAGAGCGUUUAGGCUGGGUGAGUUGAUAGUGGAUGAUCCUCCUCAAUACAGGACCAUCCAAAUUUACCAGAUAGAAAAACAGGACCUUAUCAAGCCUUCUGUCUACGAACUUUACAUGUAUUCUUCGUCGAUUUUCAAUGAGUCCGAUACCCUUAGAAUACAGAAAAAAAGACCCAAGGGGACUACCAAUCUCUCACUGGUGCAAGCUCCUAGCCCAAGCUGGAAGUUCACGGAAAAAAGCUGGACAGUGGACGCCGAUCCGGAAUCUUGGUGCCUCGAAAACGGUGUCUUGGAUGAGAUGGAGAUUGACGGAGAGUGGGCAUAUGACAAGUCCGGCGACUAUCGUCGCUGUCGUCUUGUGCGUGAGGUUGUCAGAUACAGCAGGCCACCAAAAAAGCGAUAGGGGCUCAACUAUGAUUCCUGAACCAGGCCAUCGAAAAGCCGUCUGAAACAUUCGUUCAUAGGGUUAUUGUAAUGAGAAUACGGAUCCGUCCUUGAUAAUGUCUCACCACACAAAUUGCAGAAGUAGGUUCGGCACCGGGAACAUGUCAUCUUGUUGCAACCAUCAGAACGCUGAAUAAGUAGAGAGCAGGAUGGACACCGGACGAUCCCUGCCUCUCCUGACUCAAUCAGGUCUUCAAACAUCAUAUCCGAAAGAUGCUCCUCUACGGCAAAAACAAUCGCUUUUCUGCCGUACUUGAAAGCCAAAUUAUUGCGCGUCUGGGAGCCUGGUUCAUGCUCGAGCCACAGCUGAAUAUCUUCCAAUGGGAUCUUUUCGCCAAGAUAGUUUCUGCAACUGUUGAGAUCACCAUGCCACGAAUGAAGACACCCAAAGCAAAAUGCCAUUUGGCAAUCGGGACAGAUCGAGAGUAAAUUGUUCUCGUCUUUGCGAAGAAAAUAUUUAGCACAAUGCCUACGAGGACACUGGGCUACUCUGAAAGGGAACAAUCGCCUAUAUUUUUCGAAUUUGAAUGUUGUGUUGAGCUUCCAAUACCUUUCUGUCAGUUCUGGGUCGACUACUUUGUUGAGAAACUCUUUUGUCAGCGGGACCUGGAAGAAUUCUUUUUCGAAUUGCUUCAAAUCUUGAUUCAUCACGCCUCGGGACAAUCGAUCAUUGGUCUCCACAUAGGCUUUGGUGCAAUCAAAAGAAGGACAAUGGAUAUUGUCGAGCUCUCCACGAAGUAUGUUGGAGGUAAAAUAAUCUCUCAAACACUCGUUGCAAUAGAUAUGGCCACACGAUUCAAAUCUUUGCACCGCAAGACCCUUCUUGUCCGUCUGACAUAUCUCGCACAUGAACGUGGUCAGGUUGAAUUGGUCUUGCUUUGCCUGUGUAUCUGCCGCCACGUAUUGUUCGUAUUUCUGUUUAUCAAGCACCAAGGGCUGCGAUAAGUCAAUCACUCCAAAGGCAUCACGGCUUCGCUCUUUUAUGUAAUCGAUAAUAGAAAAAAGCACAAUCUCGCGAUAAUCCUGCCAUAAGCCUAUCAGGGAGGCCACUAUCGAAUCCUUGUUACUAGGAACUAUCCAGUGAGCACCACGGAGCUCCAAAUGUGGAGGCUCUUCCUCUGGAUACUUGUCUUGAAGCGUGAAACAGAGCUCUAUGGGGCUAAGAUUCGCGAUAAGCUGCGACUGAGCGCUAUUUUCCAUACGGAUCUCCAGCUCCUUAUCUAAUGCAACUGGAAUCACGAGGCGUCCUGAUUUCGCUGAAAAGUCCAGCUCGAUUUCUGGGUAAAUUGCUUUAAGACUUUCAAAUUCC